AUGGCAGACAUGCAGGGGCUGCUGGAAAGAAUGGAGCGAGCUGUCAGCCGACUGGAGUCACUGUCUGCAGAGUCACACAGGCCUCCUAGGCACUGUGGGGAAGUUAACGGUGUCAAUGGAGGUGUGGCACCCUCCGUGGAAGCCUUUGAUAAGCUGAUGAAUGGCAUGGUGGCCGAGUUUCUAAAGAACAGUAGGAUCCUUGCUGGGGACGUGGAGACUCACGCAGAAAUGGUGCACAGUGCUUUCCAGGCCCAGCGGGCUUUCCUUCUGAUGGCCUCUCAGUACCAACAACCUCAAGAGAAUGACGUGGCUGCACUUCUGAAACCCAUAUCGGAAAAGAUUCAGGAAAUCCAAACUUUCAGAGAGAGAAACCGGGGGAGUAGCAUGUUUAAUCAUCUUUCGGCUGUCAGUGAGAGCAUCCCUGCUCUUGGAUGGAUAGCUGUGUCCCCCAAACCUGGUCCUUAUGUCAAGGAGAUGAAUGAUGCUGCCACCUUUUACACAAACAGGGUCUUAAAGGACUACAAACACAGUGAUUUACGCCAUGUGGAUUGGGUGAAGUCCUAUUUGAACAUUUGGAGUGAGCUUCAAGCAUACAUCAAGGAACAUCACGCCACAGGCCUUACUUGGAGCAAAAAAGGUCCUGUCGCAUCCACGGCGUCAGUGUUUUCUGUCCUCUCCUCUGGGCCUGGCCUUCCUCCACCCCCCCCUCCUCCGCCUCCUCCAGGGCCACCUCCACUUUUUGAAAAUGAAGGCGGAAAAGAGGAGUCCUCUCCUUCACGCUCAGCUUUAUUUGCCCAGCUUAACCAGGGAGAAGCAAUUACAAAAGGCAGCAGAUUAUGCUGCAGCAUCAAGUCCAGACUCAGCAUGAGUGUCUCAACAAAUAUCACUCACGUCCCUGCUCCAGUCCCCACCCACCAGCCAGGGUGCCUGAUCCCUGACACUGACCCCUUUCCAAGCAGUGGUUCCAUUCAUUCCCAUCACUACAAUGACAAGGAGUACCAAGAGGACAGGAAUGACCUUGUGAUUUCAGAGACUGAACUGAAACAAGUGGCUUACAUUUUCAAAUGUGACAAAUCAACGCUCCAGAUGAAAGGGAAAAUAAAUUCCAUUACAAUUGACAACUGUAAGAAGUUUGGCCUUGUGUUUGACAAUGUGGUAGGCAUUGUAGAAGUUAUCAACUCUAAGGACAUUCAGAUCCAGGUAAUGGGGAGAGUGCCAACAAUUUCCAUUAAUAAGACAGAAGGUUGCCACAUAUACCUCAGUAAAGACGCCUUAGACUGUGAGAUUGUGAGUGCCAAGUCCUCUGAAAUGAAUAUACUUAUCCCACAGGAUGAUGAUUAUAGAGAAUUUCCUGUUCCUGAACAGUUCAAGACAGCAUGGGACGGAUCUAAGUUGGUCACUGAACCUGCAGAAAUCAUGGGUUAACUUCCAGAGAGACCGAACCCCCUCACCUGAAACCGCAUAUCAAACAAAUAAGCAACACAAAACAAAAAGCAGCAUUAAAGAGCUAGAAGUUGCAGUAGCACCUACUGCUUUAGAUUUGGCCUCCAACAAUUCUGUUCUAUAGAAGCAGCAUUGUUUCUGGCAGCCUUCGUGGGCAUUUUGUGAUAUGUACAUUUCAUUAUUUGCUUUUGUGUGUGAUUUUAGUUCCACAUGAUGACUCGUGAGCAUUACAGAUUUAAAGGGAAAAAGAAAAACAAAUUCUGUUCCCCUGCUAUCAUUAACACAGUUACUGAUGGGUAAAAAUAAUGCAUGAUUCACUUUUGCAUUUAUGUUUAAUUGCUAGUUGAAAUACAACAUGAGAAUCUAAGAUGUACAUUUCACCUUUUAGAAAAUUCCAAGAUGUUGUAGUACUAGUGUGCCCUGAAAAAUGUAUCAUUUUUUUUUCUUAUUUUUACCACAUGUUCAUCUUUUAUCCAUGAGAAUGCAUUUCAACCCACAUUUUUUAAAAACAUAAGAAAAUUCCAUAUUAAGGACCAAAUUCAGUUUCUUGGUCCUUGGAAGACCUACAUUCUUUACUGCUACUAAAAAUGAAAAGAAAAUUUUAACUAUUUAUCUUAAACAUUUUUCCACCCUGUCAAUUGAAAACUUACUUUUUUCUGCAUAGAGAUUUUUAGGCUUGGUGGGAGGAAGCGGUUUUUCUGCUACAUAAUACCUCGUAAGUUUGCUCUUUAUCAGUUCAAUUUUCAUUUUCCGGUUCUGAACCUGUUAAAUAUCAGAUGCCUUGUAAAUGAUGUCUUUAAUGUCUUAGCAUAGACUAACUUCUUUUCCACUUGCCGGACUUGCUAACCAGUCUCAAAAAUGACAUGAAAAAGCCAUAGAUGUAUUACUUCUUCCAAAACCUAAGGAAUCGUUUGUUGGUUUGGCUUGCUGCUCCUAUUUUGUAGUCUUGACAUUACAUGCUUUUCAACAUAAGAGCCACUAUGAUAUUCCUUUGUAUCUUUUCAGUAUGUAGUGCUGAAAAAUCUGCAACUUCUUGGAUUGCAUUUAAUGAAUUAUAGUAUAAUGCUUGCAGACCCAAUACAAGCAUAUAUAUUGUGCCUCUUACAGCCUUUGGAAUAUAUAUUAUUUCCGUUUUUAAAAUAUCUUCUAUAUCCAGAUGGUAUUCAGAUUACUAAUGCUCAUGUACCAAGGUUUUGCUAUAAAAGUUUUGUCCAUAUGAAUAAUGUUGUGGCUUUAGUAAAUGUCAUUUUUCAACUGUAAACUUACUCUGAAAUAAAGUAAAAUCUAAUUGUUUAAAUACUGUGAUGAA